GAUGAUGAAUGAAGGUGAGGAUAUGAACAAUUUUAUGAUAAAGAAUAAGAUAAAUUUGACAAAAGAAAAAAAUGAGAGUAUUAAAAAUAUGAAAAGAUUGAUUUUAAAACACCCAGAUAUAUUUGUAAAGACUUCGAUAGUUUCUAGGGAAUUAAAAAAGAACAUAGAAGAGAAUGAACAUAUUUUUGAUGAUAUAAAAAAAUGUUAUGAAUAUAUGAAAGGGAUAUUUGAGAGUGAUGAAUUUGUUGAGUAUGUAAAGGAAUUAAAAUAUGUAUGUGAUAAUAAUAAUGUGGAAAAUAAUAAUAUCGAAAAUAAUAAUGUGGAUAAUAAUAAUGUGCAAAAUAAUAAUGUGGAAAAUAAUAAUGUGGAAAAUAAUAAUAUCGAAAAUAAUAAUGUGGAUAAUAAUAUUGAUGAUAACAAACAUAUUGAUGGUAAGAUACCAUUUUUUUAUAAUGAUAGUAAUAAUUUUAUUGAGUGUAACGAUUUUAUAAAUAAUAAUAUAAGCUUUAUAUUAAAUAUUCCUUUUAUGCUUUAUAAGAAUAAUGAAAAGAAUAACUUUAAAGGAUGCAUAAAAUAUAUAAAAAUGAGUAUAUAUAUAAAUAUGUUUUUAAAUAAAUAUUAUAAAUAUGUUAAUUAUAAAGAUAUUGGUUUAUUAAAAUAUUUAAAGGGUUAUCAAAAACGUGUGAUGAAACAAGUUGAAAAAAUUACAGAACAUAUAUAUAAUGUAAUUAUGAAAAGUGAUGUUAUAGAAACUUUAAAAGAAUGUCUAUUAUAUAUAUGUGUUGUGUAUGAUUAUUAUAAGUUUUAUAAAAAAGACGAUAAUAUGGAUUCUAUAAAAAAUGUAUUAAAUAAUAAUAUAUGUGAUUAUAAAAGUAUAUAUAUUAAUAAUGAAAUAUAUAAUUUGAAUACUACUGAAUAUUAUAAUGAAUAUAUAAAAAAUACUUUUCUUAUGAUUAAACACUAUAAUAUAAUAACAUCUGUUAAAAAAUAUAUAAACAAACAUACGAAUCAUAUUCAUGAUUAUAUAAAUGUUUAUGAUAUAAUAAACUUCUUUCAGACACAAAUAAAUAAAUUAAUAAAUAUGUAUGAAUCCAUAUUUACUGGAAUGGAUAAUUAUUUAUAUAAACAUAUAAUAUAUAUAUAUUAUUUUUCUGUUUGUCUUAUAAAUAUAAAAAUAAAAAAUAAUAAUUUUGUAACACAUAACCAGUUAUCUGAUGUAAAUAAAAAGGAUAUAUAUAUAUUAACCAAAAUGAAUCAGUAUAUAUUAAAUAAUAAAAAAAAUAAUGAUCAUAUUAAUAAAUAUUAUAUUAAUGAGCAUGUCGUGGAUUAUCAAGAUAAUAUACAGAACAUGACGAAUUUUUCAUAUGGUUGUAAUUCUAGCGAUAUGGACGAUUUUUUUUUGAAUACUUUUAACAUUGCGCAGACAAAAGAUGAAAAGGUAGAAGAAAAUAAUAAUAUAAAGAAUGUAUAUAUGCUUAAUAAUAAUAUGAACAAAAAAAAAACGUGUAAUGAAUUUUAUCCAGAUCUUCACUUUAAUAAUAUGAAAUAUCCAUUUUUAAAUAUUAAUAGUUGCCUAUUUAAUUAUAUGUAUUACUACGUUAUUUUGAAAAAAAGUAAAGACAUAAACGGAAUAGAUCCUUUUAAUGACAUAUAUAAAUGUGAUGAAGAAGCUGUAGAUAAUAAUAAAUAUAUUUAUAAUAAUAAUAAUAAUAAUAUACCUUCUGAUCAUUAUGAUCAUUAUAAUAAAGAUGAGCAUGUUAAUGUUCAAAAAAAAAAAAAAAAAAACAAAAAAAAAGGUAAAACAUCCUACUUAGAUUAUCAUAUAAAUGAAAAAAGUAAUAUGUUUGUUACGUAUGAUUAUGAAUAUAAAGACAUGUUAAAAAAUCAUAAUAAUUUUAUUGAUAUAUUAUAUGAAGAAGAAAGAAAAAAGAAAAAUCAAAGAAAAAUAAAAAGAAAUAUACAAAUAAAAAAAACAAAUUAUAAUAAUCAAGAAAAUCAUUACAGCUGUAAAUAUAAUGAAGGUGAAGAGUAUUAUCAUAAUAAACCAAUAAACUUCAUUAAUUCUAAUAAUAAUGAAAUAAAGAAAAAAUGUUAUAAUGAAUACAUAUCAAUUCAAAAUAUGAUAAGGAACUAUAAAAUUAAAGAAUCAAUAUUAAAUUUAUUUGAAUAUAGAAAAAAAGUUGAAAAAAAUAAAUCAUAUGAAUCUAAAAUUUAUGAACAAUUAGAUGUUUCAAUAAUAUUUCCAAACAUUUUAAAUAAAUUAUUUCUUGUUUAUAUUAAUAAUUUUUUACAAAAGAAUAAUUUUUUUUUUUUUCAAAAUGUAUUAUUAUUAUUUUCAAAUAUCCAACAAAAAAUCCAAAACAAAACAACUACUAUGAAUAAUACAAAACAUAAUAUUCAAGUUUUGUAUGAACAUAUAAAAGAUGAACAAAAUAGAUUCAUUCAUACAUAUCAUGAUGAUUUCUUAUCUAUUACAAAAUUUAAUAUAGUAAAUCAACAAAAAGAAAAUAAUAUAAAAAUCAAUACAGAUAUAUGUAAAGACAAUAUAUAUAUGGAAAAAAUAAGCACCUAUUAUGAACAUCCGUUUUUAAUUACUUAUUUUUAUAAUCUUCUUUUUCUAUUAAAAAAUAUAAAAUCUUAUAUAGAUACAUCUUUAUCUUAUGUAAUCAUAAAUUUAUUUGAAAAUUCAUAUACAAAUUUAAUACAUACAAUUAUUAUCAUAUUUAUAACUAAUCAAAAUGUUUUCUUUACAUCACCGCUUUUACAAUAUUUGUUACAAUUUUUUUUUUUGUUGAUAUUUCCUUUUUCUUUUUAUUUUCUCUCGAAUAUAUUUAAGGCAGACUUUGGCUCUUCAACGGAAAAAAUCUUUAAGGUGCUAUCCAGCUACGGGACAUCCUUAUGA